AUGAGUCGUUACGUGUAUGGCCAUGGUGCGCCCCAUGGCUACCAAACCUCGCAGCCGUACGUGUACCCAGCGAAUGAAUCGUAUACCAAUCCUGCUCUUCAUCAUCACGACGCAGCUGGGAGUCAACCGGCUUAUGGUCAGGGAGUCGCGGAAGCGUAUGAGUAUAAUCAGACAGCCAUUCCAGGUUUAGGAAUGAGAUUUUCGCAUGACACUACGAACUGGCAACCAGCAUUACCUCAGAAAAUCCCCGAUACUCAAACAGACUCGGCCAGUGCCAUGGCAAAGGAUGUGACGACAAAACCCGAUGAUAACGACACAUCAAGCCAUUCAAUAACAUAUAACUUGCGGCCGACUAUUGCAAUGGAUGUGGAUACAAUGGAGGAAGGUGAACUCAGUGAAGGCGAACUCGAAGACAUCUAUGAGCCCAACGGGAUAGAUGGUGCCGAUGCCGACAAUCAUGACUCCCAUCCGUCAAAUUCAACAGCUGUCAUGCAUCACGCGACCGAGAACCUGCAAAACAACCACGAUGUCGAGAAACGAGCCUUGAACUCAAAGCAACUCGGUCGCGAACGUUCCGGCUCAUACUCGCCGUAUCUUUCCCCCCGUGAGAUAGAAUCCGACGGUUCAGAAAAGGGUGGGUCGAAUUCACGUAACCUACGCGGUGCCAAUGACCCUACAACGACAGAGUCGGCAGUAGUCAUGAAGAGCACAAAUGCUAAUGGCGACAAAUACAGCUCAACACCGAGGACUGACGCAAGGCACAUGGAUGCAAUUAUCUCAGAAUCUAAGAAAAGGGCUGAAGAGGCGAUUCUGCACCUCUGGCCACUCAACGUUCGAUAUCACAACUAUAUCGAAGAAGGAAUUGAUCGGGCACUGCUGGAUGAGCUUUUUGAGGAGAUGGGCCUUGACUUGGAAGCCACUACCACAAACCAAGAGGAACCAAAGGGUCCCUCGAUAUCAAAAGUUGCUCAAGUACCAAGUAAUACCCUUGGCCCAGAGAGUCCUUCCAUAAUAGCAAGCACGGCCACCAGUAGGCCUAAGGGCGUGGAGCAGAUGAAAGACAAGUCUGAAGAACGAAAGGACCGUAUAGCCCGUUUAUUGGCUGCCAAAGGUUCCAAAACAACAGUGGGAGACACUGAUAACGCUAAGUCUGCAUCACCGAUGUCCUUGUUGCCAGGCAAUACGAAAACAGACAAGACUAAGAGUCAAUCGGAGAAGUCAAAGCUGAUCCAACAAAAGAUGGAGGCAUUGAUAAAAGCACGGGAGGCGAACGCGAAGGCGGCGUCCCAAGCUCAUACACCCUCAGAACCUCACCUACCUCUGCCAGUAACUGAAAUUAGCAGGUCGCAAAGUCUUGCGCGUGCUGAUUCCGUGAAUAUCGACGAGCAGCCCGAAGUCAAUGUUGAAACUGCGGAUCCAGCAACGGCACCUUCGAUUCCUGGGUUAUUCCUGUCAUCAAACGCACCCUCUCCUGUUCCUCACCAGCGCAAACGACCUGUUGCAGCGGACUUGAACGAGAAUUCCACGGACAUGUCUCAUAAGCGCCCGUUUGGCCAGACUCGAGAGUCUCGUCCAUUCUUAAUCGAUGUGAGCGACGAUGAAGACGACGCUGAGAUGGAAAUUGAUUCUCCUGAGUUGCGCCCUUCCUCAAUACAGCGGCCUAUGACUCCUGGCUCAAGAACAACAUCUUUCCGUGAUCAUCCGGCUCUGCCAGACAGUGCGUCUUGUCGCGCUGCAUCUAGCCCGAAGACUGCAGGGACUCCCACCACAAGUGCCAAUGGCAUGUAUGAUCUUGAGAGUAUGAACAAAAAGAUUGAGGAUAUGAAGCGAAAAAUUGCCGAGGCCGAGGCUCGUAAGAAGGCAAAACAGUCCGGCAACAAUUCACCUUUGCCUCGGUCUGGAUCACCUUCAAAGGAGGGCAGUGUGGACAUUCCGGUCCCGCCAGCUCCUGCUGUAAGGCGUGCUGUAUCGACAAAUACCGAAGUGGCUCAAGGUAGCCCUGCGUCAACUGUGCAUCAUUCUCCACAUGCUAUUGCCAAGUUGCCGAAAGCGAGAGACCAGCCUGUGAUAGCAAGACCCUCGCUGCGUGCUCGAGUUGCUAGCGAACGCCUGCCUAUUCUUGAAGCUCGGCGAAGGGAACAGGCCGAGCAACUCAAGCAACUAUAUUCCGAAGCCGCUAGACUUGAGAAGGAGAUUCAGAACAGCUUGGCUGAAGAAGAGAGAUUGAAGGAAGAUGUUGCACAAGAUGAGUUGAACCCAUCAACGCCAAAUGAGUCUGAGUUGGAGAGUUUCCAGAGGGUCAGCUUAGAUAUGGUGACAAAUGUUCAGGGGUCCUCUCAAGAGACAAACCCAAAAGAAGCAUUGACUGAACUUGCAGAGAACGAAAACAUGAAUAUCCCUUGCGAUGAAGCCGAACCAGACGCAUCGAUGGAUGAAUCCUCGAGCAUCGAGUCGACUGUUAACCAGGAUACGAUGAACGAGCCUCCUCAAGGUGAACUUCGAGAGCUUGAGAAACAUAAGGAGGAGACUACUGUACCCUAUAGCCUCCCUGCAUUAGCGACAGGAUCCUCCAUCACACACGAUACAGCCAACGUAUCUGGUGAUCCUGCAAUGAAUGGAACUGAAGAGGCUGAAGAAGAUGUGGCAAUGGAAGAGGCCGAUACUUCGAGCGGGGAGGAGGAUUCCGAUGACUACGAGCCAACGCAUGUCGGCGUUCCUCUACCAGAUCCAAAGUCCCCUGUUUCCUGGCAUACUUCGCCUUCUCAUGCACCACUCGAUCAUGGAGUGUUAGAAACAAGCGAUACUGAUAUACAGGGCAUGGCAAUGACAACUCCAAUCACUCAACCAAUCUCAACGGGCGAUGGAGACACAGAAUCUGAAUCUCAUCGAGAACUAACUACUUUACAGGGUGAGGUCCUAAAGGCACCGCAAGUUGGUGAGAAAAUCGACAAAACCACAUUCGUCCCGUAUGAGACGCCUCUUCAAUACUUCAGGGCUUAUCGCUUUCAUCCUCAGUACAGCGGUUCGGUGGCAGGAGGGUUGCGCUCUUUGACCUACAGCAAUAAGAUCGACGUAACAAGGGAAGUAUGCCCUGACCAGCUCAUUGAAGGAGUUUGCCCCAGAGGCAGCGAGUGCCAAUUCCAGCAUUUCGAAAACAUGCAGGUUCCGGAUGAUCAAAUUCUCCUUCAACUUGGUGCCUAUGGCAACUGCGAGGCAGAACAACAUGAUCAGUACGUUGACGGACUCCGCGAAUUGCUUACAGACUUUCGCAAACGCAAGGUGAAGGACUUCGAAUCCAUCAGCAACGGCAUUAUCGAGUAUCGCGCGAAGUUCCUCGGCGACAAAACGAAGGUCCUGCCUUUGGGUGCUGUCACCCUUUGA